AUGAAAAGGAAAGUCGGCUCUCACGAUGAUAUCGAUAAACGGCCGGUCAAGCGGCGCGAACAAGAAAGUUCGCCGAGUACAGGCUUCGUGAACGAACAACAGCAAACUCAACCACAACAGCCGCCAUCACCAUUAUCAGAAUAUCUUGGAAAAGAGGCCAGCAAAUGCAAACGCACUGCAAAUGCGCCUUCCUUUUCGGAGUCAACCUUUCUUGAAGACAGAAUUUGGAAGUGGAUUGAGCGGAUUCCAGAUGAAGUUCAUGAGCUGGAAGAUAUGAGUCAGCCACCAUCCAAGAGGUCGCGAUCAAUCUCGACCGAUCGUGGCAGGACCCGAUCGGUUUCGUCCGAUGCAAGCACAUCGUCUCGAGAUGCGAAGUCAUCAGCAUACAAGGAUGUCAACUAUGUUGCUAUCCUUGGACAGAAAGGCUGCUUCAUGCAACCAUCAAUGGCCGGACCGAUCACCGAGGACGCUGAGCUAUGCGAGCGACUUCUUCGUCAGCCGAACGAGAUUCCUACUGGCACUCUAUUUGAGGACGAAUACGUCGACCACUUUCACAAUACAUUGCGGAAUCGGUCAGAAGCCCGCCUGCUGGUAGAUUUCCAUCCCCUUCUCAUGCCAUCUGCCGAGAAUAUAUAUAUUCAAGGAAGCGAAGAACUGAAACAUGUGAUCGACGGUUACAAUGAUCCAUGGCUCAAGACGGAGCCAAUACAUGGACCAAAGCCACAGCCGGAUCACGCCUGGGGCUUAAAAUGGUCAGCCUUUUCAGAACCACAGCGGCGAAAGCUUGGAAUUGAGCCCGACAAGAAAUCUGUAUAUGCAGUGCGAGACGACAUGUACUUCCCUUACUUAACGGCUGAAAUCAAGUGUGGUAAUCAGGCUUUGGAAUUUGCUGAUCGUCAGAACAUGCACAGCAUGUGCAUUGCCCUUCGAGCGGUGGUCAGUCUGGCUCGGGCUGCUCAAUGCCUGGAUCAGGUACACCGAAGGAUCCUGGGGUUUUCCAUUUCACACGAAUUAGAGGACCUGCGGAUCUACGCGUACUAUCCGGAGAUCAGUGAAGGAAAAAUUGAAUACUUCCGCUGGUCGGUGAAACAAUUCAAUAUUUGGUCAAACGAUGAGAAAUGGGCAUGUUACCGUUUUGUGGAGAACGUCAAUUGUGAAUUCCUUCCUAUUCAUAUCAAUCGAUUGAAUCAUUUUCUGGAAAAAAUUAUCGAUCCUCAAGAUAUUCCCUUUGAAGGUAACGACGACCAGGAUUAUGGCUCCCAGGAAUCACGGAUUGGAUCUCGAGAACGAUCUGCAUAUAGCCGCGCUCCAUCCUCGCAAUAUCGGGGACAUGCGGAGCUACGUAGCAUGAUCCAUAACCUGCAACAACAGUUAGAAGAACAGAGAGCGGAGCAGAGGGCACGGGAGGAGAAGCUUCUCGCUCAAAUGGAAGAACGUGAGGAGAAGCUUCUCACUCAAAUGGAAGAACAGAGAGCAGAGCAGAAGGCACGCGAGGAGAAGCUUCUCACUCAAAUGGAACAACAGAAGGCACGAGAAGAGAAAUUGUUAGACCAAUUAUUUACACGUCUUGAACAUAAUGAGAAGCCAAUAUGA